CACUGGGGUGCGCUGAGUGACCAUGGGCAGGGCACUGGGUGGCACUGGCCACGCCCAUCUGCGCGCGCUCUCGGUUUGACGUCAGCACGGCCGCUCUCUGCCGCCGUCGAUUGGCUCCGCCUCAGCCAAUCAGCGSCGGCGCGGGGCGUUUGAACGGGCGGGAUGAACGGAGUGUGAGCGGAGGGCUGUGCCCGGGAGCUGCCACCGCUGGACGUGGCCGCGGUCCGGGGGUGCCACCGCUGCCUCGGGCUCCUGCAGCGGGCACCGGGCCAGGGCGAGCUGCGGGAGCAGGACGGGAAACGGACCCUGGAGCUGGCACUGGAGAGGGGCUGGACCCCUGCAGAGGAGCUGGGGUGGCCCAGGAGGGCCCUGUCCUUCCUGACCGAGAAUGGCACCGAUGGCAGCGACUCCUCCGUGUCCCUCGAGGGCAGGCCCGAGGCCGGACCCCUCAGCAGCACCCGCAGGUCCCUCCUGGACGAGCCAGACUCGGGGGACCUCUGUGUUCCCGCCCUGUGGCCAGGCUGUACCCAGGAGUCCCUUUCCCUCCCACCGUGGCCCUGCGGGGAUCCCCGGGGUUCAGCUGUCCCCCCGCUGCCCCUCGCCUCCAGCACGCUGCUCUCAGGUCGGGACCAGCUCCAGGAGGGAUCCCUGAGCAGCAUUUUGGGGGGCAGGACAGGAGGUCCCCACGGAGCUCCCCCCAAACCCAGUGCUAGAGACAUCCCUGGUGCCUGUCCCCAGUUUGCUCCCGUUGUGUCCCCAAGGCAGCCCCAGCGUAGGAUCUCGGGGGGACAAGCAGCAUCCCCGAGGUCCCCCCURCCCUAUAGUGGUCUCGGCAGCUGCUUGGUGGCACCUCAAGCCCCCUAUAACAUCCCUGGUGACAUCCGGGGUGACAUCCCAGCUCAGUACUGUCCUGUUGUCCCCUGGGAUGGGGCUGUCCCCAACACGGGGGUGACAGAGCCAGGGGGCUGGGACCCUGCCGGCCCUGGGGACAGCAGCAGCCCUGGGGACAACACUGAGUGCUUCGUCAGCGCCCCGGAGUCCCCGGAGCCCAGCGAGGCCGGGGGGGCGCUGGGGGGCUCAGCACGCGGGUCCCCCGGGAGCUGCAGCCCCUUCCCCUGCGAGAGAAGCCCCCCGGCAGCAGCCGCAGGGCCGAGAUUUGGGGGAGGCUCUGGGGUCGGCUCGGAUGUUGCGGGGCUCCCUGCCCGGCUCCGGGGGUGCAGCCUGCGGGGUUCCCCGUCCCGCACCCCGCCUGGCGCUGUCACCCCGCGGGGCUGGGACCCCUCUCGGCACCGCCACGUCACCCCCAGGAGCAGGAGCCGCCUGAGGGCGGUGGCAGCSCGGCUCCGCUUCUCCUCCUCGUCCUCCUCUUCUUCCCUCUUCGAGGAGACGCCGCCGAUGCCGCGCAGACCCCCCAGGCUCAGGGUCCCCAGGGACGCUGCCACAUCCUCGGGCCGCUGUGUCGCUCCGCGGGACGGGGAUGUGGCCGGUGCCGAGGGACAGGGGACAGGGUCUUGGGGUGACACCCAGAUCCUCCCCGGAGUCCCCGGCGUGUCCCCGGGGGUUGGCAGCGCCUCCAGCUCUGGCCCCACGGUCCUGUUGGGACCUGGGGACAAGGGGCACCCUCAGAACUCCCUGUCACUCAUCCGGGGCUGCCCCCAACGCAGCCCCACAGUUCGGACAGUCCUGAGGAGCCACGAACACCCCCAGGAGUCCCCGUCGGCCACUCGGGGUCCCCCCAGUGCCACCAGCUGCCCCAGCCCUGAGGGUGGCUCUGGGUGGCAGCACCCCUCGCCCUUGGGGAUAUCCCAGUCCCAGUGGCCCCACAAGAGCUUCAGGCACCCCCUGGACCCACGGCCACCUGGCAGUGCCAGCGGGAAGCUGGGGACACCCUCUGUGCCACUGUCACCUACCGGCAGUGCCACCCCCCACUCCGAGAGGCACCCAGAGGCCGAGGUGCAGGGCCAGGGACCCCCCGAGUGUCCCAGCCCUGUCACAGAGGCCAUCAGCAGCCCGGAGGAUGCCACCCCGGUGUCACCGCGGCGCCUCUCGGACCGGAGCCUGCGGCGGUGGCUGCGGGCUCUUGGGGACAAUCCGGGCCCUGUCACCGAGCUCACGCGCUCGCUCUACCGGCGGCGGCUGCGGCGCCUGGCCGAGGAACACCGGGGGCGGCCCGAGGGGCACAGCCCAGAGCUGCUGGCUGCACUGAGGACCGGCCACAUCCCUGACUGUGGCCAGGAUGAGCUGGCACUGACCGGGCAGUUCGAGCGGCCGGAGUGUGGCCGGCCCUGGCGGGAGGGGCAGCUCAAGUCCAGCUUCAAUUACCUCCUGCUAGACCCCAGGAUCACCCAGAACCUGCCCCAGCGCAGCCCCAGGCUGAGCCCGGCCGAGCGCUUCCAGAGCUUUGUCACCGCUGUGUUCUACGUGGGCAAGGGGACACGGGCACGGCCCUUCUGCCACCUGGGCCAGGCGCUGCGCCAGCACCGGGCCGGGAUACAGGGGGGCUGCCCCAAGGUGCAGCGCAUCCUGGAAAUCUGGGCCAGUGGGCACGGAGUGGUGGUCCUGCAGUGCUUCCACCACCGUGCCAACGCUGAGGCCCACACCCGCGAGAGCUGCAUGCUCGAGGCACUGGGCCUGCAGCCGCUGACCAACGAGCGCCGGGGGCCGUGCUAUGGGGUGGCCGCAGCCUGGGCAGCCGAGCGGCGCCAGCGCCUGGGCGUCCUCCUGCUGCACCGCGCCAUGAGCAUCCUGCUAGCCGAGGGGGAGUGCCAGCUCCGGCCUGGGGACAUCCCCGGAGGACCCUGAGCACCCCAAGGUGCCCCUUUUGUGUCCUAACCACGGGGAGAAUAUUUGUUUUUCUCUGCCUCUGAUGGGCAACCAAUAAAUCUCUA